UUUCGGUAUCUAUCAAAACAAACUAUGAGUUAUGGGCUUUCUCCGGCGAAUAUUCGGACUCAAGAAACAGAGCAGCUCUUCCUCCAAGGACAAGAACCGGCGGUGGAGCUUCGGUAGAUCCCCUCGCCCACUCCCGCCGUCCGCCAAGAACAACAACGACUCUCAUUACGGCGACGGAUUGGACGCGAAUAAGCAUGCCAUCGCCGUGGCCGCGGCCACUGCCGCGGUGGCAGAGGCUGCUCUGGCUGCGGCCCAGGCUGCCGCAGAGGUGGUCAGGCUGACAAGUAGCAGCAACGGAGGAGGAGGAGGGAGAAGUGUGGCCUCGCCGCAGGUGGCGGGAAGCCACCGCCGGUACGCGGAGGCUGUUGCCGCGGUCAGAAUUCAGUCCGCAUUUCGUGGGUAUCUGGUUAGUCUCUUUAUCUUAUCCAAUCCCUUUAUUAGCUCCGUUACCAUCGAUUGAAUUUGUUAAUGGUGGUGAUUGAAAAACAGCCCACGUAAUUUAAGGUUCUGCCCCUGAAAUGGGAUUUUACUAGAAGUCCAGAAAUUUGAUCAGAAAGUUGAAUUUGGGGAAGGAAAUAGGAACAGAGGAAUGGAAAUUGGGCGCUCGAACUUGAUACGGGUUCAUUUUCUAUUCUCUGUGUCAAAAAGCUGCCUUUUUUUAAAAAAAUUUAUGAGGAAAUUGGUAAUAAUACUUUUCUCGAUACUUCGACUUUGAUGACACCAUCUUGCCUUUUCCUCUAAUUCAAUGCACGUCGUCGUCAAUCCUCCAUCUCAUCAAAACAGGGGAUGGCCUGUGUAAAUUGCUACUGUUUUUCUUUAAUGGGUGGAAUUUAACUCUGAAACUGUGACUUUUACUCUGUUUUGGUCUCGCUGUGAAGGUCUAUAGACAAAGUCAGAUUAGGUAAUUUGGAAGUUGUUAAAACAGAGCUUUCACUAAACCAAGCUUUGAUUCUUUUCACUUCCACAUCCUUAGUUUAUCUCUUUCCCCGGAGCUGAUCAGCAGGAUGACCCCACGUUUCUCUGUUUUCUUCCUGGUGUUCUUUUCUGGGCGGGGAUGGACUAGAGGGUGAGGAAAUUGACUGUACACACUCGGUUCGAUCUGGACCCAGAAACUUAUCGCUCGUUUGUUUUUGUUGGGUUUUGGGUGGUCCAAACCAAACCCUAAACACAACAAACAAGAGAACGAUUCCGUGGCUAGUAUGUGGCGCCGACAGAGCUACUAGUAGGUUCAAAUUGAAAGAAGAUCUCGCCACAGAUUUCUAAUGACAUCGGCAUAGAGAGAGCGGACUCUGCCUCUGCCUCUGCCCACCACCACCACUCAUCCCUCUCUUUCUGUUAACGCGUCGUCUCUCGUUUGAUGUCAACAGUAGAGAAAAGAGAAAGAGAAGAGAAAAAGAAUAAAUACGCCAUAAAGUUGACAGCUUUGCUCUUCUUAACCCAUUAUCCAGAAAGAGAGAGAGAUAGUGAGUGCGAGAGAAAAGAGAGAGGAGAAGCGGUGCGGUUGAGUGUCUGUGUUUGUCUCGGCAAAAAUGGGGAAUUCGUUCGGUUGCUCCGCCUCCGGCGAGAGGCUGGUGUCGGCGGCGAGGGACGGCGAUUUGGUCGAGGCCAAGAUGCUCUUGGAUUGCAACCCUUGCCUCGCCAAGUACUCCACCUUCGGCGGCCUCAACUCUCCGCUCCAUUUCGCCGCAGCUAAAGGCCACAACGAGAUUGUGGCGUUGCUGCUGGAUAAUGGCGCGGACGUCAACUCGAGGAAUUAUUGUGGCCAGACGGCAUUGAUGCAAGCUUGUAGAUAUGGACACUGGGAAGUUGUACAGACUCUUCUUCUUUUCCGUUGCAAUGUUACCCGAGCAGAUUAUCUCAGUGGGAGGACAGCCCUUCAUUUCGCAGCUGUAAAUGGCCACGCAAGAUGUCUGAGACUAGUUGUUGCUGAUUUCGUUCCUAGUGCUCCUUUUGUUCUUGCUCAUGAUCGGGCAGAAAAUGAUGCAGGGGAGUGUGCUACUGUAAAGACAAGCGCACUGUCCAAGUUUGUAAAUAAGGCGGCGGAUGGUGGUAUAACUGCUCUUCACAUGGCUGCAUUGCACGGCUAUUUCGACUGUGUACAGCUUCUACUUGACCUUCAUGCAAAUGUUUCGGCUGUCACAUUUCAUUACGGAACAACGAUGGAUUUAAUUGGAGCUGGGAGUACACCUUUGCAUUAUGCUGCUUGCGGGGGCAACUUAAAGUGCUGUCAGAUCCUUCUAGCUAGAGGUGCAAGUCGAAUUUCAUUGAACUGCAAUGGGUGGCUGCCUGUCGAUGUGGCUAGGAUGUGGGGCCGUCAUUGGCUUGAACCAUUGCUGACACCAAAUUCUGAUUCUAUCAUCCCACGAUUCCCUCAGUCGUGUUACUUAUCCUUGCCCCUUUUGAGUGUGCUUAAUAUAGCAAGAGAGUUUGGGAUGCAAUACGCGACAUCCUCUAAUGAUCCAGACGUUUGUGCUGUCUGCCUGGAGAGACACUGUAAUGUGGCUGCUGAAGGUUGUGGGCAUGAGCUUUGUGUGAGAUGUGCACUUUACCUGUGCUCAACUAGCAACAUGCCAACAGAAACAGCUGGCCCACCUGGGUCCGUCCCUUGCCCACUCUGCAGAAAUGGGAUCGUCUCAUUCAUCAAAUUAGCAGGCUCCCCGGCAAAAGAACUAAAGCAGGUUUCCAUGUCACUCGGCCUGUGCACCCCUUGCAUGCUUCACCCUCGCGACGACCAGCGAGCAGCUUGUGUGCCCGAGAUUCGUAAGAACCGGGUUGCUGCAGUGGUAUCUUCAGAAUACCUCUGCCCAGUCACCUGCAGCCCAUUUCCCUCGGUGGCCAUGCCAUUAUGCACCUGCAACGAUGGUCCUUGCCCUCCUUUCGAAGCCGAAUCGUCCUGCGAAUCAACAUCCGAAUCAUCCCCACGUGGCUCGCACGCAGCAGCACCCAGUGGGGACCAGGACAAACUGGAAGGGACGAGGCUGGAGAAGACGACGUCGUGUUCGAGCAUGUUUUGGAGCAGAAGAAGCUGCAGCCGCGAGCAUCAGUGCAACUCCGAAAUAAAUGCCUGACACCAUAAGAAGAUAUACUCAUCUCAUUGAUUUUGGGGGGGUUGGCAGAGGGAGUUUUUGUGAAGAUGAAGGUAAUCUGCUCUGUUGCCUCUCCCAAACUUUGCUACUGCAAGUUUCGGUUUAAUAUAUUGUUUCGUGGGGAAGAGGCUUGGGGGUGGUUUAAGGUCUGGAGAAAACGGUUUUCUUUAGGAGAGCUGGUAUAUGUAAUUCUUCGAUUGGACGAAAACUGUGAUUUUAGGGUUGCAGACCUUUCCCCAUCCCUUGUGUCCCUCCUCCAUCCACCUAUUAUGUUCAAAAUUUUCUGGUUCUUGGCUUGGACAGGUAGGAAACUGGUUUAGGGAAUGAGCAAAUAUUGGGUGAUCUGUUUUUGUUUCUCUUAUCAUUUUAGGUGGACAUAAUAUGUACCUAUAUGUUAUGUAAUUUAAUUGCAACCAAACCAGCCGCAUGUAGCUGUUGAACUAGAUGUAAAUGUGUAUCUUUCUUAUGUACGAAGCUGAGAGUACGAACCGGUUUCAACA